AUGUCCAGCAUUCCAGAAGAUCUGUACCUUCAAAUCCUUAUAAGGGUACCAGUGAAAUCCGCACUUGUAUGUAAGUGUGUGUGCAAGAAAUGGUUAGAUCUAAUUUCUAGUUCUGAGUUUGUUCAACUUCAUCUUCAUUUUAAUAUCCAAAAGAAUAACUAUAAUCUCGUGCUUAAUAAUGCUGUUAAUGAGUUUAGCCGGUCCUGCCUAUUACAAUCCAUUAGUUAUGAUUCUCUAUCAGUUACAGGUAGAAUUGUAUGUCAAGAUGGUGUUAUUAAAAUGGAUUACCCAUUCAAAUCAUCAGAUUAUCAAGUUGAAUUGAGAUGUGCAUAUCAUGGUUUGGUUUUCUUAUGUUUUUCUGAUUAUUGUACCGAAAUCUUGUGUCUUUGGAACCCAGCCACCACUGAGUUCAAGAUACUUCCCAAACUACCAGGUCUAAAUUUCGACAUUGCCGACUUGUAUAUGUCAGCUUUUUUUGACAUCUAUACUUUAGGUUAUGAUGAUAAGAUGGAAGAUUACAAGUUGGUGAAAGUCUUGAUUGCAGGAACGAAUACUUUCGUCUAUAUUUAUACGUUGGGAUCGAAUUCCUGGAAAUGCAUUGGAACCAUUCCCUAUAAGUUUCCUUACCAUGAAGGUCCCAGCCCUUCCGGGGAAAUCUUUAAUGGAGCUCUUCAUUGGUUAGUCAAAACUGUUACCAGCUACAUGUCUGUAGUAUCCUUCAACAUCGCAGACGAGAAAUUUGAAGAACUUCCACUACCAGAGAAACUUCAGGAAAAGAAGGAAUCGCUCGCUUGUUUGGGAAAGUGGGACGAAUGUCUCAGUUUACUUGUUAAUUCUAAUAAUUUUCAAUUUGAUGUAUGGGUGAUGCAGGAGUAUGGAGUUCACGAAUCAUGGACUAAACGAUCUUCCAUAACCCUAACAUUUGUUGCAGACGACUCGUUUUAUUCGAGGACUCUUAUAAAUGUUUGGGGUUCACAUAAUAAUUCACAUAGGCUUAGGAUUAUGUGGUCUUUCAAGAAUGGUAAGAUUUUAUUUGAGUUUUGCGGCGAUGUGUUUUUAUAUGACCUGAAGAGUGAAACAUACAAACGUAUUCGAACGCUUGUAAGUAAUGCGGAAAAUUAUAUCGAAAGCCUUGUCUCACUUAACUCUAGUGCUUUCGUGAGCGGACUGAAAACUCGAGGCGUUAACUUGAAACAUAAAGGUAAAGGGAAGGAUAUUGUAUGUGGUUUUCACUAA